AAUCCCCAAGCUCUCAGACACGCCCAGCUCCAAGAUUUUCAAGAUUUUUUCAAAGCUGCUGUGUGGACGUACCGUAUGCAAACUUUUACAACAUCGAGCAAACCCUGAAGCUACACAACAUCAUCGCUGACCUGUCCUGCAGACAGGCCGUUUCAAUGCAUCACAAAGGACCGAAAACACCGCGGCGAUCAUGGAUGUUUCCGAUCUGUUUAGUAGUUGCAAAAAGGGCGACAUUUUUAGAGUCAGAUACCUUGUUGAACAAAGAGAUGUGGACCUCAAUGUGAGAGAUAACUGGGACAGCAGCCCUUUGUAUUAUGCUUGUCUCUGUGGCCAUGAUGAGCUCGUCCAGUACCUGUUGGCUAGUGGCGCUAGGUGUGAGGCCAACACGUUUGAUGGCGAGAGGUGUUUGUACUGCUGUCUGAAUGACUCUGUUCGACGCCUGCUCAAAGACUAUAAGUGCAUCACUGUGCGCGCCAUGCAGCGGGAUGAUUAUAACUACUUCCUGCACAUGUUACUGGAGCAGGGUUUACAGAGCGAUGUCAAGUUCCUGGUUCAUGGACAAAUAUUUACAGCCCACCGAUGUGUUCUCAGUGCACGCUCAGAGUACUUCACUGAUAUGUUUGAGACCAAAUGGAAAGGGAAGAACCUGAUCACACUCAAACAUCCAUUGGUGAACCCUGCUGCCUUUGGAGCCAUCCUGCAGUAUUCCUACACUGGACGAAUGGAUAUCGAUAUAAGCCUCGUGGAGGACUGCACACGACUAGCUAAACAGUGUAAAAUGGAAGACUUUAUCGAGGAAAUGGAGAAUAAAUGCAAACAGUUGUAUGAAUUUGUGUUCAACAAGCCAGGAAUCUGUGUCAAGGUUCUCAGCCUGGAGCCUCACAUCUCUCAACUUCAAGAGGAGAUGGCUCAGUUAGCAGACUGUGCACUUCCCACUGAUCUAAGAGUUGGAUUUGGUGAACUUCCCUUUAACGGAGUCGACCGCUUCCCUACCUAUCCUGACAUCUGCUUCAGAGUCGAUGGUUUCGACUUUCUAUGUCACAAGGCGUUUUUCUGCGGACGUAGUGAUUAUUUUAAAGCCUUGCUGGAGGACCACUUCAGUGAGGGAGGGCAGCUGCAGUCCCAGCCCAGCACUCCAGUGAUUACUUUACACAAUAUUUCCCAUGAAAUAUUCAUCCACGUCAUGUAUUACAUCUACACUGAUAACACAGAGUUAAUUACAGAGGAUGUUUUUGAUGUGCUGUGCGUGGCCGACAUGUACCUGCUGCCAGGGCUGAAGCGUCUUUGUGGGAAGACUCUUGCAAAGACUAUUUGUGAGGACAACGUUCUGUACAUGUGGAAGAUGGCAAAGCUCUUCCGUCUCUCUCGGCUUGAAGAUCAGUGCACCGAGUUCAUGGCCAAAAUCAUUGAGCGGCUGGUGGAGCAGGACGAGUUUGCAGAGCUCAUCAAAGAGGAUGCUGCGUCGUUGGAGGAGCGACAGGAGACCGACUCCAUCCCCGUUGUGGACGAAAUCCGUUUCCACAUCACCAGCAAUGUGCAGACUUACAGCGCAAUCGAGGAGGCCAAUCAGAAACUGGAAGCCUUGGAGGAGCUGCUCACCAGCAUCAAUAUUGAAUGUUGAGGUGUUCUAGUUUGUGGCUGCCGCAGAGCUGGAAGUUUGUUUUUUUGCAAGGUGGAUGCUUUGGGUGCAAACAUCUGUAGAAAGAAAAAACAUAUGUCUUUGAGUUUUUAAGUUUCAUUUUAUUUACAGUAUAUUGAACAGAAUAUAUAUUUUCAAAGGAUGUUUUGCUGCGUUUUCAGCUAUAGCUCAAAUUAUUCAUUGACUGAGAUAUAUCAAAACAUAUAGUACUUGGUGUAAAGUAGCAAGUUCUGCAAGAUAAGUUACAAUAUAUUUAUAUAUUAUUUACACACAAAUAUAUUUCAAUUACCAAUGCAUGGAUUCAGAAGGUGCUACAAUUUAGACGAGAUGGUUAUUUUAGUUAUUUUAAAAUGUACUUUGACCCCAGCAAAGUUCAGAACCAGCACUUUAUGAAAUGUUAUGUUUGUUCACUUCAUACAUCCAGAAAUGUUUUUAAACUCUCAAUCUUAAUUUUAAGUUGAAAAUAUAUUGUCAUGAUGUAUUUCACGUGCUAAAUGACAACUUUUAUUUUGAAUUUCACAGCACUAUUCAACUAGUAACAAUACUCCAGUGUGACACUUAUUCCUCCAUUUAUUGCCCAUAUUCCUGCACUUUGUUUAAGCCUUAAUUUGAAAGAAAAUUCCCCCUGCUGCUUGUAUGACAGCAAGCCUCCCUCUCCCAGUGUGUGCUCAAGAAAGAAAUUCUGAAACUAAACUGUUUGCAUGUAAAAUCCACCAUCAGCAUAGGGAGGUUUUAAGGGUUUGUUUAAAAAAAAUCGUAAUAUCCACUACUAAGUCACUAUGCUUUUAUAUAAAAUGGAUAAAUAACUGCUCUUGGGUUUGGCAAUUAAAGGUAGCAUUGCAAAAACCAGUAGUGUUGUAUUCUUUUGUAAUUUUUGACGUGUGCCAUCUGGGUCCAAUUGUACUCCACAGAGGACAUCCUGGGCUUUUCAAACAUAUGAAGUGGGGGUGUGGCUUUGAAAAAGAUAAUUUCAUUGUAUUUCAAAAUGGUGUCCAUCAACACAAGCACUAUUUAUAGAAAGAGAAAUGGUAAGUUUGUCAUUUUGUAAUUACCAGUGUUGUGAGUUCAAUAUUUUGUAUUAAUUAUAGUAAGGGAACAUCUUAGGAGUUAGUGUAGUGAGUUUUCAGAGCAGUGUAAAUCUUAUUCGACCUAAAACUAAAUGUUUUGAUGAAUGUCCUCUGAGGAGGACAUGGGGAUUUGCUAACUUUUUAUUUCCCCCAUUUUACACCACACAAAUGGAGUCCACUAUGGGCCAAAACUAACACUUAGGUUUCUGUAGGGUUCAUGGCAGAUUGAUGCAGUGGGAAAACAUACAUCAAGUGCCUCAAGUGUCAGAUGUAUCUCUGCAUUUCAAAAAAGGAUGGAGUACUACAAAUGAGGGCUCAAUAUUUGUUGCAUUGAGUUGAUAAUAAUAAUAAUAAUAAAUGGAAUUUAUAAAGCGCCUUUCACGGGACCCAAGGUCGCUGUACAUGGUGGACAGACAAUGAGGA